AUGUAUAUGUCGACAUUAUGUCGACUGUCUUCAACAUUAUAUUCAAAUGUCGUUCUUUCAGUGAGCGAACGAUUUUCACCUGGCAUCGUUUCAAUCGAACAGAAAUUUGGCGUGAAGCUAUGUCUGGUGCUAUCAAGAAGGCUACCGGUUUGACCGGGCUCAAUGUGGCCAAGAACCCACACCACACUCUGACCGCCCUGUACAACAAAAUCCUCCGGGCCGUGGCGAAGAUGCCCCAGGAUGCGGCCUAUCGGCGUUACACCGAGCAAAUUGUUUCGGAGCGUGCCAAGAUCGUAGCUUCGACACCAACGGUUCGUGAAGUGGAGGACAAGAUCAACUGCGGACAGGUGGAGGAACUGAUCAUCCAAGCGGAAAACGAACUGACCCUGGCGCGUAAGAUGCUCGGUUGGAAGCCAUGGGAACCUCUGGUAAAGCAGGCCCCGGCAACCCAGUGGUCCUGGCCACCGGCGAAAAUUCACGAACUCAAGUAAGGUCGGAGAAAGAAUUACAUUUUAUUGAUUGUUUAGAACGGUGCCCUGUAAAUAUAGUCCUGCGUAAUUGAACAGGCAAUCGAAA